CAUUAUCUCAAAUUAUCAAAGGAAUGAAACUUUCAAAUGUAGCUUCUAAAAUAGACGGAAUGUAAAUAGAGGAUACCGUAGUAAUUUUAUGCAUAAAAUCGGAUCUCGCCGUCCCCAAGCAAACACACCCCAAUUCCUUCUUCGCCUUCUAUGUCGAUUUCUUGCAUCCAUGGCCAACUCCUCGAAGUCACCGUUGUGUCCUGUCAGAAGUUGAAGGACACGGAAUGGAUCUCCAGGCAGGACCCGUACGCGUCUCUCGAGUACGGCAGCACCAGAUUCCGGACGCGCACUUGCACAGAUGGGGGGAAGAAUCCCACGUUCCAAGAGAAAUUUGUGUUCUCGCUGAUUGAAGGUCUGAGGGAGAUGAAUGUUGUUGUCUGGAACAGCAAUACGAUUACAUACGACGAUUUCAUUGGCAGUGGAAAGGUUAUACUGAACAAAGUUCUCUCGGAAGGGUAUGAUGAUAGCUCUUGGCCACUCCAAACGAAGACGGGAAGAAAUGCAGGAGAAAUCCGGUUGAUAAUGCACUAUGCAAAUGCCAAGAAGCCACCAACCAGCUAUGCUUCAUCUGCUCCUCCCUAUAUGACACCUCCUUACCCAACCACACCGCCCCCUAUUGCCUCUUACCCAACACCUCCACCUUAUCACCCACCCUCCCCUUAUUCUUCAUACGCCCCUCCUUCGGGAGCUUAUGCACUGCCUCCUGAGCCAUCCGCGUAUCCACCACCCUAUGGUGCACCCUCGGCAUAUCCUCCCCCAACAUAUCCUCCAGCACCGUAUAAUUUACCAUAUUACCCCCCAGGUCACUAUCCGGGGCCUCCUGGAAGCUAUCCUCCCCCGCAUUACUAAUGCACAUGUUCAGACUUUUUCUUAGCUGUGUCCUAGCUGGGUAGUGUUUGUUACAUUCAUUCAACUUCUCUAGUGUUUUUUGUUACAUGUGAAGAAUUUUGGAGUGGUUGGUUUGAGAAAUUGUUGUGGAUAUGUUGUAGACUUGACCAUUGCUUUUAAGAUAUGGGUAGUAAUAAUAAUAAUUCCAGGGG